AUGUUUCGAUCGGAGGCGCACUUUCAAAUGUUAGCAAAUUUGCGAUUUCUGGAAUUACAAAAAUUACUAUUAAACAGAUUUCAAAUUUUCAAGAAUGAAGAAAUAAGUAUACUGAAGAAGGAUAGUAUGAAAUCCAUUUUGUACGAGUGGGCAAAGUUCUUAACCAAGGAAGAGAAAAAGACGAAUAUGACACAUAUUCCAAAUGAAGUAUUGCAAAAUAAAAAAGUUGUUCAAAUUUUGAGAGACAAUAUUGAUUGCAGAUGGUUAGUAAACAAAAUUAAUAUAAAAGGUAAAAACAGUGAUGAUGAUCAUGUUGUUGUAGAGCCUGAUGUGUUAAAAAAAUUAGACAAACUUCACUUUGAUGAAUAUCCAAAUUUGUUUUAUUAUGAAUAUCCUCAAUUUCCGUACAAUUAUUAUGAUAAAAAAAAAAUGACCAAUUUUUACUCCCUUAUAAAAUUUCCAUACAAUGAUAUAUUAAACAUUUCGAAGAUGACUAAGAAUGAUCAAAACCUUCCAGAUAAUAUUGAAGAGGAUAAGAAAAAGCACCUAACUGGAGAAGUCAUGGGAUCUACGAAUGUAGAUGUGGUUCAUACCCAACAAGUGAACUACUCCAGCAACAGUUAUAUUUAUUCACCUUCAGAGAUAGAAACGUCCAAGGAGAAUUACUAUGAUUAG